AUGUAUUUGAAGAAAAGUGAUGAAGAAAAAGAAGAAAAAGAAGGAGAAACAAAACCGUCUAAUCGCGGUUUGGUUAAAUUAAGAGAAAGGAUUUAUGUAAAAGGAAGGAGUCUAGGAGAACGAACGGGCGAGGGAACGGAGAACGGAUAUGAUGACAAUCGCUCGCGCUCGCUGCUUUGGCUUUGGCUUUCUGCUUUACCCUUUUGCUUUACCCUCGCUUUGCUUAUUGGGGAGUGCCCAGAUGUGGUGUGUUCGAAUCGCUCGAAUAGUGCGAAUAGUUCGUGCCUCACGCGUUGGUUAAGUCGUGAGUCUCCUGGGACCGCUUUACAGAUAGAUGUCGCCGUUUCAAACUCGAGGGGCAGAGAUGGAUGGGUUAUUAGACAACCUUUUGCUUCUUGUGUUUGCCCGUUAUUGUUUGGAGGUCGUAAUGUUCGUAUUGAACAGGGUUUAUUGGUGAUAGCUUUAAGUGACUAG